AUGGUCAACCAACCAGUCAGAAUUCCCACUGCCACCCCGGCUCUUGCCAGGUUUUUGCCUGCUGCCAUCACUGUCGGCGUUGUUUCCGCCGUCGCCAUGAGCGUCCGCUCCCAACUCAAGACCGAAUCUCAGACCAUGGAUCGAUUCUUCUCCAAAUACAAGAACCCCCAGAGCGAAACAGUCCGGGCAAAGGUGUUUGACGGCGCCGUUGAGGACCCUCGCAGGAGCUGGUUCAACGUCUUGGGUUGGUGA